GUGCGCCGGCUCGGGCGAGAGCUACGCCUCGAUCUGGCGGAGCUCGCAGCCCACGGAAGGCAUCAUGGGCCAGACCUGCGAGGCGGACAGGAACUACCUGAUGGCUUUAAAGGCGCUGGUCUGCCCGGCGCCAGGGACCUGCUCGUGGUGGACCUGAGGCCGAAGAAGGCCGCGUGGGCGAACAAGGCCAACGGCGGGGGCUUCGAGGACUACGAGGGCUGCCGGCUCGAGUUCGGCGGCAUCGGCAACAUCCACGCGGUCCGCGACGCGUGGACCGCCAUGGGCCAGGCAGUUGCCAACACCUGCAAGACCGAGGUGGGCUCUUGGUGGAAGGACGUCGCCAACUCCGGCUGGUACGACCUCAUGGCCACAAUCUUGCGGUGCGCGCACAUGGUGAUUGAGGAGCUGCGUGGCCACGACUGCAGCGUCCUCAUCCACUGCUCCGACGGCUGGGACCGCACCGCCCAGGUGUCGGCCAUGGCGAUGUUGUGCAUGGACGGGAACUACCGCACGGUGAGCGGCUUCCUGAUGCUAGUUCAGAAGGAGUUCUGCUCGUUCGGGCAUCAGUUCCGCACGCGGCUGGGGCUCGGAGAGAAGCCGACGAGCGAGUACAGCCCCAUCUUCCCGCAGUGGCUCGAGUGCGUGUACCAGCUGUUGCACCAGUUCCCGCAUGCGUUCGAGUUCACCCCCGACCUGCUGCUGGACCUCGGUGCCGAGGUGUUCAGCAACCGGUGGGGCACCUUCCUGACAGACUCGGAGGGGGACCCCCGAGAGAAGCCAGAGGGUUCAGGGCAGCACGAUGUCCUGCUGGUCGGCGCUGGCGCAGGCCCACGGAGGUGA